GUCGAUCCUCCGGGUCAAUCGGCCUUGCUGCGGGGACUGCGCUGCUGGUGAUCGCGUUGCGUUCUGGCGACUGCCCGAGAACAAGGGGGGCAAGCAGUGCCCGGCGAGGCUCAUCGUGGCGACUGUGAUCGGACCUGGCGGCAGUGGCGGACCAGGCGACAGUAAUUUCUGGGCGCAGUCGCGCGGCCAUCCCAUUCUGGUCUCCAAGGAGCAGCUUCGCCAGGCCGACGGAACCGUGGUGUCGGCCCCCGACGAUGCCGAUCUGGCCGAGUUGCGCCGAGCUGCUCAGACGCCUACGGAGCGCGAUCGCGACGAGCGAGGCGGGGCUUCUCCCGACGCCGAGCUGGACCCCGCCGACGUCUCUGUCUCCGACAUGGCAGCAGCCCUGGAGACAGAGACUGGCCGAGAUCGCCAGGCGAUGCGGGACAAUGUGCUAUUGGCAGUUCGGCCUUGUCCUGCAGCCGCAGCUGCAGAGGGGCCAGUGGCGCGACGUCCUCGUUUCGCUGAGCCGCCCGUUGCACCGCCGACGGCUGCUCUUACUUCGUAUGAUCCAGGCACCUACCUCUGCUUCAAUGGCACUGAGAAGGAUCCUGUGGUGGCGGUGUUGAACUGCGAGAACUCCGCGCACGAUCACAUGCCCGCCCGCGAGAUCUACCUCGCGAUGAACGGCAACGCCACCAUGGCCAAGAAGGACCAGCGGGCGCUCAUCCGGGAGAUCCCCUGGUCACAGAUCCCUGAUGACCAGGAACAACUAUGCCGUGAUGCUCUGGCUCGCGAAUGGCCCUCGCGGCAACGGUUUUCUGCAGCGGAGGUUUUCGACGCGAAGGCUCCCAGGGAGAUCGAGACGGACCCCGAGAAGCGCAAGGACGUGGAGUUGCCCCACCAGG